AUGAAAUUCCUGAUCCUUUCUGCCCUCAUUGCUGUGGCUCUUGCAAGCCCGGCACACCGCACGGUAGUACCUGGUAUUACUGGCCCAACGCCAGUCGUACCUGAUCACGAAUCUAUCGCCAUUGGACCUGCCAUUGUCGAACAGGCGCCUAUCGUCAUUGGCCCUGCUAUCGUCCAACCUGACGGUGUUUCCGUUGGUCCUGCGAUCGUCGAAGAAUCUGUAGCCGCACCUGCUGAGGAAACUAAACAACCCCUUGUCCAAAUCAUUAUCAAUGUAAAUGAGCAGGGACAAAUUAUUGGUUCUCCAGCUGUAAUUCAACCUACUCCUGUAGAUACCGGAAUCGUUCCCGAGCCCGUCAUUGUAGUUGACAAGCCAGCUGAACCAGUGACUGUUGUGGAAGCCGCUCCCAUCGUAAUUGGCUCUCCAGCUCUCCCUGCUCCAGUUAUUACCCUCCCCGAAGAGCUCCAGUAA